AUGUCCGCGCUAGGUGCUAACUUGAAAAACCAAGAAUGGGAUCUUUCCGCUCUCCCAAAAUUCGAAAAGUCCUUUUACAAGGAACACGAGGAUGUAACAAAUCGCUCGCAAAAGGAUGUUGAUGCCUUCCGCAAGGAGCACCAAAUGGCUGUCACCGGCCGAAAUGUUCCUCGUCCAGUUGAGACUUUCGAUGAGGCCGGUUUCCCCAACUACGUUUUGUCCGAGGUCAAGGCUCAAGGCUUUGAUAAACCCACUGCCAUUCAGUCUCAAGGCUGGCCUAUGGCUCUUUCGGGUCGCGACGUCGUCGGUAUCGCCGAAACUGGUUCUGGAAAGACGCUGACAUAUUGUCUUCCUGCCAUUGUUCACAUCAACGCACAACCUCUUCUCUCCCCCGGUGACGGACCUAUUGUUCUUAUCCUGGCUCCUACUCGUGAGCUGGCUGUGCAAAUCCAAGUCGAAAUCAGCAAAUUCGGUCGCUCAUCUCGCAUCCGAAACACUUGUGUCUACGGUGGUGUUCCCAAGGGCCCACAAAUUCGUGAUCUGAGCCGUGGAGUCGAAGUUUGCAUUGCUACCCCUGGUCGUUUGAUUGACAUGCUUGAGGCUGGCAAGACCAAUCUUCGCCGUGUCACUUAUCUUGUUUUAGAUGAGGCCGAUCGCAUGCUCGAUAUGGGUUUCGAGCCCCAGAUCCGCAAGAUUAUCUCUCAGAUUCGCCCUGACCGACAGACUUGCAUGUGGUCCGCCACUUGGCCCAAGGAAGUUCGUCAACUCGCUAGCGAUUUCCUGAACGAUUUCAUCCAGGUCAACAUUGGAUCUAUGGACCUUUCCGCAAACCACCGAAUUACUCAGAUCGUCGAGGUUGUCUCGGACUUUGAAAAGCGCGACAAGAUGAUCAAGCAUCUCGAAAAGAUUAUGGACGACCGCAAGAACAAGUGCCUUAUCUUCACCGGCACAAAGCGUAUUGCAGAUGAAAUUACUCGUUUCUUGCGCCAGGACGGAUGGCCAGCGCUGUCUAUUCACGGUGACAAGCAGCAAAACGAACGUGAUUGGGUUUUGCAAGAAUUCAAAUCUGGAAAGAGCCCCAUUAUGGUUGCUACUGAUGUAGCUUCCCGUGGUAUUGACGUCCGCGACAUCACCCAUGUAUUGAACUAUGACUACCCGAACAACUCGGAGGAUUAUGUGCACCGUAUUGGUCGUACUGGUCGUGCUGGAGCCAAGGGAACGGCCAUUACAUUCUUCACCACUGACAAUGCUAAGCAGGCUCGUGAUCUUCUCACCAUUCUUACUGAGGCCAAGCAACAAAUCGAUCCUCGUCUGCAUGAGAUGGCCCGCUACAGCGGUGGCGGCGGUGGUGGCCGAGGAUGGGGAGGUGGUCGUGGCCGCGGCUAUCACCGUGGUGGCGGCGGCGGUGGUUACACUGCUUCCAACUCAGCUCCUCUCGGCGGCAACCGACGCUGGUAG